AUGUCUUUUCGCAAUCGCCGCGAUCGCGAUUCGGGCAGUAGCAAUAGACACCGCUUCAGCAUCGCAACCUUCCGCGGUCUUCAACAACCAGAACUAAGCAAGCGUCUCUCAAAGCUCAUCAAGACGGAGAACAGUGCAAUCGGUGCCUAUGAAGCUGCCGGUCGCGAGCGGGGCUCAAUCGCUGCCCAACUCUCGGAAUGGGGUGAAUCGACCGAGGACGACACCAUUUCUGAUAUCUCGGAUAAGCUCGGUGUGAUGCUGUCCGAGAUAGGCGAGCAAGAGGAUAGCUUUGCGCAGAAUCUGGAAGACUACCGUGGUGUCCUGAAACACAUUCGGAACAUGGAAGCUUCGGUGCAGCCGAGUCGCGAUCAGAGACAGAAGGUUACGGAUGAGAUUGCGAAGCUCAAGUAUAAGGAGCCUACAAGCACGCGAAUCGUGACGCUGGAGCAUGAACUUGUCCGAGCUGAGGCACAGAACUUGGUUGCUGAGGCGCAAUUGUCGAACACCACUCGCACGAAGCUUAAGGAAGCUUUCGAUAUCCACACCGCAGCUGUCAUCGAACGUGCUGAGAAGCAGAUUAUCUUGGCUCGUCAUGCGCGCCGUCUGCUUAACUUCAUUGAUGAUACUCCUGUUGUUCCCGGUGAUGCUCGCCAGGCCUAUGAUCACGAGCUCGAGGCUCGCCAGGUACUCGAAGACGCGGAGGCCGAUUUACGGGCAUGGCAGCCAAGCCUUGACCCUAUUCUAUCAUCCGAGAGCCAGGUGGAUGCGCAAGGUGUCAACGGCGACACUGAGUCAGUCCUGACGAACGGUGUGAACGGCGUCGAUCUUACUGGGCCUCCAGAUGAUGUUGCUUCUGAGAUUGAAAGGGGAGAGCCUGCUGUCUUGGCCUCUUAG